AUGCCAUACAGAGCUUAUCCUCCCGCACAACUCGUCCCCUACGAUCCAAGACAAGAAGGCUUAUACAUGGUCGCUGGGAAAGGAGAUGGAAGCCCAAGGAAGGUAGUCGCAUAUUAUCGAGAUGGAAGAAAUUCAAGGUUAAACGGCUAUCGGGACAGAAGGAGAGAGGAUAGAUGGUCUGAAAGUAGUUGGUGCUCUAGUUCAGAUUGGAGCGGAAGUAGUGAUUCCUCCACAGCAAAUUCAAUGAGAGGUCUAAUCUAUAACGCAUUGGCGAAUCUGCGAGAUCGAUUUUGCGAUACUAUGUAUAUUGACCCUCAACCUCCAAGAUAUAGGGUCAAUCGGCGUGUUCCAUCGACGAGGUCGUAUUCCGAUUCGAGUGAAGAGUAUUGGAAUAGGUCGGGGUCGGAAUCUUCUUUAUCUUCUAUUCCUAGUUGUUAUACUUGCUCUUCAGCCUCCGAAUCCUCCUUGCCGGAUAGAUACAGAGUUCAACCUGAAUUCAUGUACCCAGUAAGAUACAGAGAACAUCGACAUCACCCAAAAGGAAGAUAUGUACGCGAGAGAGGUUUCUGGGAGAGGAUCUUUGGUUGGUAG